UACGCGGCAUCAUCUCCCGGGCAACCGAAAUGGCGGCUGUGUGGUCCGAGCGGCUUUUUUCGCUGGAGCUGCUCGUUGACUGGGUGCGUCUUGAAGCCGGGCUGCUUCCACAGCGGGUGGUCUCAGUGGACGAGGAGGAGGAGGGAUCAGCCCCGCGUUGGUCCAGCUCCCUGUGCCCGGCGGUCGCCUUCCGUCUGCUGGACUUCCCCACGCUGCUGGUUUACCCUCCUGGAGGCCCGGCCUCCCCGGCCCCUGAACCCCGACCCGGGGUGCUCAACUUCGGUCGCGGCAAGUCGUGUCUCUUCCGCUUGCACCCCGCCACCCUGCACCGCCUGCUCCUUCGGACCCCACUUUACACCUUGCUGCUGCAGCUGCCCCCCGGGGACCCGACUCCUACCCCGCAGCUCCUGGGUUCCUCCACCAUCUCACUGGCCGCAGCUGUCAACAGAGUCCUGGGACCUGCCAGGUCUGGCUGUUCCCAGGGUCAUCGAGGAAGUUUUCCUCUGCAUAACCAAAGGGGAGAGCACAUUGGGGAUAUUGCCCUGGGUUACCGCCUGACUGACCUGGGAAACAGCUUGCUGGGCCAUCUUGAACGGCCACUCAGAUCCACUGUAGGUGGACUGGAAGCUGUAGAAUUGCAGAAGGCAGUGGCGGCCAGUUCCCAAACCCAACAGGAGAAACAGCAACUACCGCAACCAACCACAGAGCCAAGGCCAAUAGAUGCUGAUAGGUCUCUUGUGGGUUUAAAAAUUCCAAAGGCCCAGAAGAACUUGAAGGAAAUAGUCUGUUGUUGUAAAGUCAACCCUGAUAAUGCAAGUUCAGUGGAGAGUGUCAAAACUAACUCUGUUGGUUCAGAUGCCAGAAAUGUUAGGAGUGUUAGUCCCUCAGAUGAGGGAAUUGCUGAGUUGGACCUUGAAAGUAACAUAUUUUGCCCUCCUCCUCUGUAUUACACUCAUUUGACCCAAGAAACGAUACCUCCUGUACCAGGUAAAAUCACCAUUAAGCCUCAAAUGAACGAACCUGAGGAAAUGGAUGGUAUCUUUCUGGGAGAAAAGCCAGCACAUACUAAUCCUCCAAAUCAUGUAAAUUCCAUACCACCUAAGAGUCCUCCAAAGGUUAUAAAUCCUCCACAUAUUCAGGAUAUGGGAGCAAGUAAUCAAGCUACAUCUCACUCUCAAACGGAACAAAAUAGAAUUAAUAUGAUAAGUCAGCUGCCUUUGUUAAAUGCUUUGUUGGUGGAGUUGUCCUUGUUAUACAAUCAACCGGUAGCAAGACCUACUCAUAUACAUCCUCACUUAGCAUGGUUAUAUAGAACUGAGGAUAAGAAGUCAUCAGAAUCUUCAGCAAAAUCCACAUUUAAAUCUGAAUCUAAGAAAGAUAAGCUUUCUGCAGGGGAAAAUGAAAAGUCAGCAUUGCUUCAGUAUCCAAAAUACCAAGUUGAAAGUCUAAAGAAAGAUAAAUGUUUUGAAAAGAACAGUGGUACACCCCCUAAAAGAGCUCCACGGGGUAAGCUACUUUAUGGCUUAACAAACACACUAAAGUUGCGUUUAAAGCAGACAAAUCCUGACCUGUUGGCAGUACAUGAAAAGAGAGAACAGUAUAGGAAAAUGCAAGCACAAAUGAUGGGUCCAAAACUCAGAAUGCACUCAUCCAAAGUUAAAGUGUUCAGCUUUGCAAAACAGCAUGAGAAGCCCCAUCAGCUGUCUAAAGAUAAACAUUUAGAAUCAGAUGUAUCCUUUGCUGAAAACAGUGAUACCUCAAAACAGAUGAAUGGGAUUUUUGACAACCCCACUAUAACUAAAGAAACGAAUCUGAACUGUGCAACUGAAAAGGUGGUUGGCUGUGGUGAAAACAUAAUCAAUAAUGGUUCCUUGGAAGAAAUGAUUAGUCAUGCACAUUUCAUUGACCCAGAAAGGUUUAGUCAUGUAAAUAUUUUGGAAAGAAAAGUGGAAAUGCAGGACCAAAGGCCAUGUGUUUUCCAACAGGUUGUAUUGGUUGACAGUAACAGUACUGUAGUAGAUAAAGAAAUAGGUGAUAAGCAAGUGCAAACCACUGAUAAGGACAUUCUUACUGCUGAUGUGAAUGAAAAUAAGCCAAGUAAAAAUAGUUCCUCUGAAAGCAUCUCAGAACUAAAAUAUUCAGAUGACUUUGCCAGUACUUGCUAUUCUGAAGAUUUUUAUACCACUGAGGACACCAGCAGAAUCUUGCACACUCGUGAUAGCAGUCCAGGAGCAGAAAAUCCAAAGCAUGGUCAACAUAUAAGUAAGUCUAGUGAAACAAGAUUGUCUGUUAACAAAAGUAGCAGUGAAAAGAGUUCUAUUCUUAGCCCACCUUUCUCAGCUGGAUCACCAAUACAUUCACAUAAAAGAUCACAUAAUGCAAAGACUCAAGAUAAAAGUUUAAAGGAAACAUCUAGUAACUCUUCCAGUGAUGUAUCUUCAUCAUUUUUGACUGAGGAAAAAGAAAGCCAGAUAGAGCACAAGAGGAUGCAUGUUUCUGAAGUUACAAAGAAGGGUCAAAGCAUCUCUGCUAAAACAAGCACUAGUCACAAAUCUUUAGAAAAAAGCCAGUCACCCCGGACAUCUCAAGUGAGUUCUUAUCUGCCAUCUAACUUGUCUGAACUAGAAUUUAAUGUUCUGAAUAGCAGUAUGUCAGAACACUUUGAAGAAGAAGGAGAUGAAGUUGGUUCACUAAGUAUUUCCAAGCAAUGCAAAGAUAUUUGUGAAUUAGUAAUAAAUAAACUUCCAGGGUAUACAAUGUAA